UGGAUAUGUUUAACUAUAAAACUAUAUUGAAUAAGUUAGAAAAUUAUAGGCUUUUUGGACAGCAAGAUAUACAAUGACAAGAAAGGCACCAUUCUUCGUAAUUCUCAUCGUAGCUUUGCUCCUUUUGUCUCCUCUCUUCUUCGGACAAGUAGAAGCAAUAUCGACCAAACAACCAAAGCAUCGGAAGCUCGGGAAUAGAGAAGGAGAUGAAAAUAGGAGUAAUGAAAUUGUUGUCCAAAUGAAAGCAAGAGUGAAGCGAAGCAAGUCAAAAAGGGGACCCCAAAAAAAGGAACCUUAUAAGAAGCCACCUUGCAGUCCCCCAAGUCAUCCAGCAUAAGACAUCAUCAUUAGCCUAUUGUUUCCUCUCUUUUUAGAAAUGCUUGUUUAAUCAAACAACCCCCAAAAUAAACUGGAAAAUCUUCUUCUUUAUUUUUCUUUUAAUUUCUAUGUAAAUGUGUCUAUUCUUACUUUUGUAUUCCUUUAACGUAGCCAUCACAAGUUUGAUCU